AUAAAUAUUGUAACUCCAUCAGCCCCUGCCAAAACUAAUGAGAGCUUAUUUAUUCAAAUUACUAAACCGUACGUGUCAUAAAGAAACUUGAUGAUAUAUCUUACAAGAGAAACAAAAAAACGCAUCGAUACGCUAUCAAGUUGAAGAUAGGUGAUGGCUCCUUAAGCUUUGAUAAAUUCAUUUACGUACGAAAAACGCUUAACACUUAAAUUACUGAGCCGGGUUUGAAUCCAAAGACAAAUACAGGUGUUUUCUUCACUACAGAACUAUAAAUUCGAAUAUUCCUCACAGCGAGGCAAGUAGAGUAAAUUAUGGCUGUUUCUUCGCACGACGAAAAAUUUGAAAGCUUGUUGUCGACUUACUUGGAAAAUGAAGGGAAAAUAUUGGACGAAAUUACCGCCACAGAAAUACAGAAACUUUAUCACAACCUUCGACCUGAAAAUUCAAUAAGCCUGCGUCAAGUACAAGCGGCGAUACAGGCAGUCUGUUUCUGCGACCUGUGUUUUAAGGAAGAAGUUUUGGACGUACUCAACGAAAUUGACCGCCGCAGUUUUCUAAUACGUGAUGUGGAGUGGGAAUUUGAAAUGCUGGACCGCGAAAAGUGCGGGACUAUUACUGAAGAACAAGCUUGUUUUCUGUUUAAAGCUUUGCAAGGAAAAUCAGCAGCAAAAAAGUGCAAAGAGUUUUUGUCAGGCCGAGCGAUGCCCGGCUCGCGUGUUGCUCUACAAGAAAUUGAAGUACUUCUUUGUGAUUCUCCCGAGACAGAGCUAACUGAUGAAGAAAAUUAAGUUGAGGAUGAUAAUUAUUAAAACAAGAUAACGAAUAAUCUGGUUAAAACCAGGCAUUAUGUUUAACUACGCUUUACAGAGAGGAUUACAUCGAAUAGAUUAUCAUAAUUAC